CCUGAAAUUAGUAUUUCUAAUCAGUGCCACGCCCUUGGAGUCUAGAUGCAGGGUGUAGGCAAUCAUCUUAUACUCUGGGCGCGUGACGUCCUGUCACAGAGCUCCCCCUACUGUCGCAAUCUUGCGUGAUUGCGGGGAGCUACUAUUCCUUUACCCCAAGUGGACUUGCACUACAGUACCGAUAGCCAUCGAUGAGGUAGCAGCCAAUAUCCCAGCAUUUCCGGAUUAAGGAGUUCAUCUUUCGAUAAGGAAGUAUAUAAGGAACAAGACUUGCCUCUCCAUCCAUUGCCACAUCGGACACAAGUAUACAAGCAUUACUACGCCUUCAACAAGUAUACAAAACACACAAUGGCCUCCCCAGACGUCCAAAUCCCCAGAUCUGUCCCGGCUUUUUCAGCCGCUGGUGUAACGGCUACACCCGCAGCUCCAGCACCGCGUGACGUCGACACCCUACUAAACUACCACAAGGACGCGGAAGACGGCUCGCCGCCGGCUCCUACCUACGUAAACAAGCCCGAGACGCAGAACCGGCCGUCCGAGUCUCACCCAGUCCACAUUACGGAUGUGUCAGGUCGGGAAGACGAGUUUACCCUCGACAAGCACGGUUUCCAGUUCUAUCGCCAUGUUGCGCAGGAGAAGGACUUCCUAGACGACGACCAUAUCAAGGCGGUAUACUACCCCGAGACCGAGCAGCUGCUGAAGGAUGCAACCGGCGCAUCCAAGAUCUUCAUCUUCGACCACACCAUCCGGCGCAACCCAGCCGACCAGCGCGGCGCCGACGGCGGCCCCUCGCUCCGCGGCCCCGUAAACCGCGUGCACAUCGACCAGACGUACUCGGCGGCCCUAUCCCGCGUGCCGCACCACCUGCCCGCGGAAGAAGCCGCCGAGCUGCUCAAGGGCCGCGUGCAAAUCAUCAACGUCUGGCGGCCGAUCAAGACCGUCCUGAGGGACCCGCUGGCCAUCGCCGAAGCCAACUCCGUCGGCGAGGCCGAGCUCGUGCCCAUCCCGCUCAUCUACCCGAACCGCAAGGGCGAGACGUUCGCCGUCCGCUACGCCCCCGGCCACCGCUGGUACUACAAGUACGGGCUCACGCCCGAGGAGGUCCUGUUCAUCAAGUGCUUCGACUCGAAGACGGACGGGCGCGCCCGCCGCGUCCCGCACACGGCUUUCGUGGACCCGGCGAUCGGGCCUGACGUGCCCAAGCGCGAGAGCAUUGAGGUUCGCGCGCUGGUGUUCCAUCCCGACGACAGGGAUUAAAUAUAUGUAAAGAAGAAAGGGUUAGAUACCUCUUAUGAGAUGAAAUAGACGUCUUGAGGUGUAAGAAGACGAGACGAGGACGCGGUGUGUAUAGGAUACGGGUAGAUUGUCACAAUACAUAAAGCAAUUUUAUAGGAAUACGCUGUUAGAAAUAGUUACAAUAAGAAUAACUACA